AUGGACGAUCCCCCGUGUAAGAGUGAGGUGGAGGAGGACAUUCCAGGAGAUGUCACCACAGAAAAUCCCAGUAAGAAUUCUGAGGAAAACUUCAUGUUAUCACAAAAUUAUAAAGUGGAAGAUGAAGAUGUCCUGCAGUGCUCUUCAGGAGAAAACUUAAUUACCCAUAUAGUACAUCCAGGACUUCACAGUACAGAUUUAUCCUAUAAUCAUCCUAAUCAUGAGGAACCUUCUCCUGACCAAUCACAGAUUGUUACAAGUACAGGUCAGAAAUGGGGUGAAAGGUUUCACUAUGGUAAAGGGUUCAUACAAAGCUUAGGUCUUUCUACACACAAAGUAAUUCAUACAGGAGAGAAACCAUACUCCUGUUCACAUUGCAAGAAAUGUUUUACAGAUAAAUCAUAUCUUGUUGCACAUGAGAGAAGUAAUACAGGAGAGAAGCCAUAUUCAUGUUCAGAAUGUGGAAUAUAUUUUACUCAAAAAGCAAAUCUGUUUAAACAUCAGAGAUUUCACACAGGAGAGAAGCCGUAUUCAUGUUCAGAAUGUGGGAAAUGUUUUUCACAAAAAUACAACCUUGUUGAACAUCAGAGAAUUCACACAGGGGAGAAAACAUAUUCAUGUUCAGAAUGUGGGAAGUGCUUUAAACAAAGAACAAAUCUUAUUCAGCAUCAGAGAUCUCACACGGGAGAGAAACCAUAUUCAUGUUUAGAAUGUGGGAAAUGCUUUACGUAUUACACUCAACUUGCUAUACAUGAGAAAAAUCAUACAGGAGAGAAGCCGUAUUCAUGUUCAGAAUGUGGGAAAUAUUUUAUAUAUAAAUCACAACUUGUUAUGCAUGAGAGAAUGCACACAGGAGAGAAACCAUAUUCAUGUUCAGAAUGUGGGAAAUGUUUUAGAAAAAAAUCUGAUCUUGUUACACAUAACAGAAUUCACACAGGAGAGAAGCCAUAUUCAUGUUCAGAAUGUGGGAAGUGCUUUACGUAUAACACUCAACUUGCUAUACAUGAGAAAAUUCACACAGGAGAGAAGCUAUAUUCAUGUUCAGAAUGUGGGAAAUAUUUUAUAUAUAAAUCACAACUUGUUAUGCAUGAGAGAAUGCACACAGGAGAGAAACCAUAUUCAUGUUCAGAAUGUGGGAAAUGUUUUAGACAAAAAUCAGAGCUUGUUACACAUAGCAGAAUUCACACAGGAGAGAAGCCAUAUUCAUGUUCAGAAUGUGGGAAAUGUUUUACACAGCAAACACAUUUAAGUAAACAUCAGAGAUUUCACACAGGAGAGCAGCCGUAUUCAUGUUCAGAAUGUGGGAAAUGUUUUACAGGGAAAUCAUCGUUUGUUGCACAUGAAAAAAGUCACAAAGGAAAGAAACCAUAUUCAUGUUCAGAAUGUGGGAAAUGUUUUACAAGGAAAUCUAUUCUUGUUGCACAUGAAAGAAGUCACACAGGAGAGAAACCGUUUUCAUGUUCAGAAUGUGGAAAAUGUUUUACAGGGAAAUCAUCGCUUGUUGCACAUGAAAAAAGUCACACAGGAGAGAAACCGUUAUUUAUGGACCUUGAACAAGCCAGUAAGAGGGAUUUUUAUUGGGUAGAAUUAGCCCAGAUCUUCCAGACAACCAAACUGUGA